AACCAGAAACCAUGAAGAGGAACAACAGAAAACACAAAUCUAAAUCAGGAGGAGAAGAUCAAGAACAAGAACAGAAGAGACUCGAAGUCGUGAAAGCAGUGGCACAAGCUUGGCUCAGUCGCUCUAACACGACGACAACCUCUUCGUGCUGGGAGUUCGGAGCUCAGAGAAGGUACGGUUUCAUCAGAGACAAGCCUUCGCGUUUCAAGAUAGAGGCGUUAUCGAUAACGGCGGGCGUUGAUACGGACGAUCACCGCUACCGUUAUCCGACGGGUUCUCGUUGGGAUUUCGGGCAAUCUCUGUGGGAUUCGUACGAGAUUGUCGCAGUUUCGAAGAAGUUGGAACGAGGGCUCGCGUUAGAAAACGCGUUUUCGGGUUUCGUAGGGGACAACGAUGACGGGGAAUGGAGCAGAUUGAUAGGGCUGAAGAAGAAGAAGAAGAAGACGAAGGGGGAAGAGAGUAGAAAUAGUCUUAGGAGUUUGUUCUAUCGUGCUUGUUCGAGGAGGUUCAAUAACGUUGAUGUGAAUAGUCCGGAAAGUUAA